AUGGCAGCUGCAGUUCUUCAGCCCCAAAGGCCGUCAUUUGAAAUAAUGGCCCCUUCUCCUAUAUCUCCAAAGGCCUCUAGACAUGGCCGUAGCAGGCACGGUGGUAGCAUUUCCAAAAACAAUAAAACGAGGGGAAGGGGUUACAGUGUGAUAGACGAGAGAGAGACGCUCAUUGCGAAAGCAAUUUUGCGUCUAUUAAAACGCACGGUCGAGGAAGACGAAGAGCAGGAAAAAGAAAAGGAAGAAGAAGAAGUGGUCGUCCCAGAUCUUGAUGGUUGGUUCGGCGUUGAUGCUAUCCUCGCCCAUUCUUCCUUGGCUGCAUUUCGUGCCACUCUGCCUGAGUUGAAGGCAAUCGCCAGUGCCUCCAAGGCAAGAUUUGCCCUGAAACUUAAGCCUCACACUAUAACUUCUGAGGCGCAGCCAAUAGCCCCCAAAGAAGAGAAUGAAAUUCCCGAAGAACUCAGAGCUCCUAUAAACGAGUUGGUGGUUCCUGAAAAAGAGUAUCCGGCCUCUGCCUAUCUCAUCCGAAGCAUUCAAAGCAACAAUGUGGCCCAGAUCACGCCACUCAGCCUCAAAUCCAAUGAAAUACCGGAUCUUAUAUUUUACGAAACUACUUAUGCAAACUACCCACUAAUUCUCGCGUCGGGCGGAAUCAAGCGCGCGGGUGGGCAGUCGUAUCUCUCCUUCAAGACAAUAACUCUGUCAAAUGGUUCCGAUCUACCACCCGUCACGGCUGACAUAUCAAUUUACAUUGACUUACGCUCAGCUAUGGAAUCAAACUCUGAGAUUGAGUGGUCUCAAAGUGAGUCGGGCUCAGUGCUAACCAAAGGUGAUGAUGAGGGCAUGGUGAGUAAAGCAAUGUGGAAAAACGUCGUGGCACGACGUGCAGACAUUGGUAUCAUCUUCGAGAACGGGGAGGUAAAAAAAGACUUACUCGCAGGUCCACGGGGAAAGGGCUCGAAGCCAAAGAAAAGUGGAAAAACUAGAUCCAAAAAUAUCGAGGAAAUGGAAUCUUGUAGUGUAGACAAAGAAACACCCAGUAUAUCAAAUAAAUAA